AUGAUCAAAUCAAAUCCUGAUAAUCCUGAUGAUCCUGCUAAUUUAUUACCGAUAUCCCAGUUAGAACGUAAAGAUAGGGUUGUUCGAGGCCCAUUUCAACCCAAACUUAAAUUGUAUCCACGAACAAAGUUUGGAGACAGAUUUCGGUGCUUUAAUAAAUCUUGGUAUGAAUUAUUCAAUUGGCUUGAGUACAGUGUGAAAUUAGACAGAGCUUUUUGUUUUCCCUGUCGGAUGUUCACUAAUUCUUCAGGAAUAAAUGCUGGCCAUACAGAUUCUGCAAAAGUUGGAUUUAAUAAUUGGAAAUUAGCUACAACUAAAUUUAAAGCACACCAAACUUCAAACACUCAUUUAAAUAGUAUAACUUCAUUAACAAACUUUUUGCAUUUAAAGCCAAUAGAUACAGUUUUAGAUGAAGAGAGAGAACAUAUACACAGUCAAAAAGAACAGCAAAGAUUAAAAAAUAGACAAAUCAUGCAACGCUUAAUUGAUAUAACUCUGUGUAUAGGUAUUGGUGGACGUUCAUUCCGAGGAAAAAAUGAAAAGGAAACUAGUUACAAUAAAGGUCUGUUCAAAGAUAUUGUUACACUUUUGGCCAAAUAUGAUCCUCUUCUUAAAUCUCACUUAGAAUUAGGUCCUAAACACGCGACCUACUGUAGUAAUAUAAUUCAAAAUGAUCUAAUUAUAUCAAUAAGUCAAGUACUAAAAAAUCAGUUAAAACAUAAAAUUGAAAAUAAAAAAAUAUCAAUUAUUGCUGACGAGACAAGCGAUUUAGGACACCACGAACAGCUAUCAAUAGUUUUAAGGUAUUUUGAUGAUGAGAAAAAAUGUCCAGUGGAGCAGUUUGUAGGUAUGAAAAGAAUAAUGUCAACUGAUUCGCAGACUAUUUUUAAUACAAUAAGUGAUGUUAUCAAUGACUUUGGUAUAAAAUGGGAGUCUGUUUUAUCAAUGUGCUUUGAUGGUGCAGCAACAAUGUCGGGAAGUGUAAACGGAGUUCAAGCUAAAUUCAAAAAGGAAAAUGAUAAAGCGUUCUUUGUUCAUUGCUAUGGACAUUGUCUCAAUUUGAUCUUAGUAGAUUCAGUUGGGAGAGAAAAUAGAAUAACUUUUGAUUUUUUUGGUAACAUUCAGUUGAUCUACUCAUUUAUUGAAGGCAGUUGCACUAGACACGGUAUUUUGGAAACAAUUGCAAAUUCUUUAAACUUAAAACUUAAGACCUUAAAGUCUGUAUCAACAACACGGUGGGCCUGCCGUGCAGAAGCAGUUAGUGCUAUUAAAGAAAACUAUACAGCAUUGUUGGUUGCUAUAAAAGAAAUUUCGGAUAGAACAAAGCAGGCUGAUGUAAGAGCAAAAGCAUUAGGAAUAUUAAAUCAAAUGAAAACCUUUGAAUUUAUAUUUGCAAUGCUUAUGUUAAAUCCUAUUUUAUCCUUAGUUUUAAAAGUAAGUGUGUAUCUACAAUCUUCAAACAUAAAUUUAUUAACUGCUGUUGAACUUGUUACAUCACUGAAACAAUCUUUAAUGUCAUUAAGAAACAAUGAAAAAGAAUUCCAAGACAUUUUUAAAAAAACUGUUCAAAUGUGCAACGAUAAUGAUAUUUUGAUACCCGAUUUGAAAAGAAGAAGAGUUUCAUCUAAAAUUGAUGAAUCUCAUAAAACUCAACAUAUAAUGAAGAAUAAAGAAGAAGAAAUGAAAAUAUCAGUGUUUUUUCCAAUGUUAGAUAGAAUGAUAAGUGAUAUAGAAAUUAGAUUUAAUCAAGAGACUAUUAAUAUGAUAAAGUGUGUUGCGCGUUUGAUAAAACAAGAAGUUACUAAUGAUGAUCUUAUAAAUUUGUCCAAUAUAUUUGUAGUUGAUUUUAAUGAUUUAGAUGCUGAGAUUCGAUUACUUAAAUCAAAUUGCUCAAUCAGUAAAGACAACAUAAAUACAUGCGAUGAUUUAAUAAAAUGGUUGGCUGAUUAUGGAACUGGAAGAGAUAUUAUAUUUCAAAAUAUAUUUAAAAUUCUAAAAGAAUUUGUGACUAUUCCGGUUACAAGCUGUUCCUGUGAAAGAACUUUCUCGAAGUUAAGUUUUAUUAAAACAAAACUUAGGAGCACAAUGCAGCAAGACCGGUUGGAUGCGUUAUUAACAAUAAAAAAAAUGCUUGAAAUUAUAAGAUUAAAUGAUAUAGACUCAAAUCAUAUAGAAGAACUGUUACUUGUGUUUGAUAAACUUGCUAAUCCUUUUUCUAAUAUAAACACUGAACAUCGUCGUUAUAAAACGCUUGAUGAAAUUAGCAUUCUUUUUCGACCACGAUUAGUAGAUAUCGGAUGCAGAUUAAAUGAUAAAAUGAAGAAUGGACGUGUUAUAUUUGAGCCAAAAGUCAUUCAAAUGUCUUUUAUUCCUCUUAGAUCUGUUCUUAAAACAGUUCUACAAUAUUUAAACUUGUUUUAA